AUGGAAGAACUUACCGCGUUUGUGUCUAAGUCUUUUGAUCAGAAAGUGAAGGAAAAGAAGGAGGUGAUCACGUACAGGGAGGUGCUGGAGACCGGAUCCGCGCGAGCCAGGGAGGGUCUCGCCAGCGAACCGAAUCGCGAGGAAAUGAACGAUAUCGCUCGGGUAGACGCGCGAUCGCCAGGCAGGGAACCGGACAUGCUGGGGCCAGAGAGAACCAGGGAUGUGGGAAGCCCGAAACUGAUAGAUGGUACCACGCACAUGAAAGAGAGAAAAGAGGACACAAAGCAAAUGGAGGACGAGGCACAGACUAAAAUCAAGCAGAGGAGAAGUCGGACUAACUUUACACUGGAGCAAUUGAACGAGCUCGAGCGGCUAUUCGAUGAGACCCACUAUCCAGAUGCCUUCAUGCGCGAGGAGCUGAGCCAGCGGCUAGGGCUGUCCGAGGCUCGAGUACAAGUUUGGUUUCAGAACCGGAGGGCCAAAUGCAGAAAGCAGGAGAAUCAGUUACACAAAGGAGUUCUCAUUGGAGCCGCGAGUCAGUUUGAAGGUUGUCGCGUAGCGCCAUAUGUCAACGUGGGGGCCUUACGGAUGCCAUUCCAACAGGAUAGUCAUUGCAACGUGCCGCCCUUCUCCUUUCAGGUCCAGGCGCAACUGCAGUUGGACAGCGCGGUGGCCCACGCGCACCAUCACCUGCACUCUCACCUGGCAGCGCACGCUCCUUACAUGAUGUUUCCGGGCCCGCCAUUUGGUUUGCCCUUGGCAACGCUCGCGGCUGAAUCCGCCUCUGCUGCCUCGGUUGUGGCCGCAGCUGCUGCCGCCAAAAACACCAACAAAAACUCUAGUAUUGCAGAUCUGAGACUCAAGGCCAAAAAACACGCGGCAGCUCUGGGACUGUGA